AUGGCGUCGCUGCCAUCGUACCAGGAGGCAACCACUCGCGCUGACUGGCUAGAACUUGCUGCCCCAUACAUUCACAUCGCCGACCACCAUGUCCUCUGCCUGGUCAAUCGCCACUUUUGGAAGGUGUUUGCCCCUCGCCUGUGGGUAGACAUCCUAACCACCGUUCGCCGGCGUGGCUUACAACCUGAUGAUGAUCUCGCUUGGUGGUUCGAUUUUACCUUUGUCAAGCUCGGCAAUGUCCGCCCGUCCACACGCGGCUUGGCCCGUAUUCUUGACCUUCGUGACUUCGCCAGAGAAUGUUAUCAGUUUGCCACGGACCAAAAUGCCCGAUUUCUCCGCAGUCUUCACAUGGCCCUGAAGCUGCUGCCCAACGCAAAUGCUCUUUUGCUCGACCACCACACAGAAAUUGAUCCAAACUCUCUCGUCAGCCUUACAAGGACGCACUCUUCCCCCUUGCUUCUUAGCAUCUCGCAUUGCUCCACACGGCUUCCCAGUACAUUUUUUACCUCGACGUCCUUACAGAAGCUGGUCUAUCUCGAUGUAUCUAAUCUGCCGGGUUCCGUGGCACCCCUGAUCCAGCCCUCGCUCCUUUCCGAUCUACGAAUCUUGAAACUGGCUGGGCGCGAACUUGACGAUGCCACCUUUAUCGGCCUGGCUGAACUGUAUAGGCUGCGACUUUGGAGCCUGGACCUGAGCCAUAAUCGGCUUACAGAUUCUAUUCUGCAGACCUUGGUAGAGCGGUGCUUCCCUCUCUCAUCCCUGCGCUCGUCUGUCCAUUUUCAAGUAGAGGGCAAGCUGUCCGUUUCCGAACAUGGCACCGCAUCAUAUGGCCCAUUUGAAUUCAUCGAGGAAUCUCAGCUCAGCGGUGGUUUCAGCAGCCCUGACCGGUAUAACUUGGAUGCUCCCACAUACAACGCACAGCCCUACUUCUUACACAGUCAACGUCAAGUUUUCCGCUCUGAUGGACGGGGCACCUUGCGUUCAGAUUGUGCAGACGAAGCAACGCGCAUCUUAUCCCACCAGUCCACAAACUAUGACGUUGAGGACACGUAUCGUAACUCUAGAGGCAUCACCCACUUGGACGUCUCGUAUAAUCAGAUCUCGGCGAGCGGUAUUGAGAGAUUACUUCGGACAUCGAACGGACAAAUCGAGCAUUUCGCAUGCGAUUUCAUGCCGCUUGUACCGCCGUGCAGCGCUACUCUAGAUUUUUGGCCGACUCAAACAUCGCUCUAUGGCGUCGUAGGAAUAGCCCAUGUCUUUCGGCCAGUGUGUUCCUCCAAUCUACGGUCGCUGCGAAUACACCACUCGUUAGUCACCAAUAUUCCUACCCUAGCUGCCAAUGAAUUGUCAUCUUUGGCCAGGCUGUACCUCGCCGAGACUUCUAUUCGCUUUCGUAUAGACAGGGCUUACCCGCAGCGCUUCGUGCCUGACAUGAACCCCCGUCUUUACUCACUGACGUUGACGCAUGUACCGCGGCGAUCUUCUGGACCAGUGAUUGAGCGGCUACUAGGCUUUCUCAAAUUGCUAUCUGUUCAAGAGCGAAGCAUUUGGGAUGCGAGCCACUCUAAUCAGGUAUCAUCGUGGCGCUGGCCAGGUAUGCUAAAGGGCCUAAGACACCUACGACUAGAGUUUGACCCCGACACUCUGGUCAAAGAUACCUCUGCGGCGGAGGAUAUAGAUGCCGAACAUCUCAUGAACAGCGGGGAGAGGGGUUUCAGCUUCUUCGAGGACGAGAGUCACCUCUCUACACGUCCGUCGCCGGACGCGAAGUCUCGCGGUGCCCGCCGACUUGGGACUGACGGCGCAAGCGCUACAGAUACUAGUGCGCAACAAGUUGGGGAAGCAGAUAAUAGUGACCGAGACAAUUCAGAAGCUAUUACAUAUCACGAUGAGUGGAAUGGAUGUGGUUUCCAGUUGCGGGUGUGGUCUGGGCCGGUGCAGCCACACAGCAACCCCAUCAUCAACCAGUAUCGUCGGCUGGUGCUGAACCAUCGUAGCCUGCGCUAUGGUGUAGGCCCGGUUUCCCCAGCCCAAGUCCUUGCAGGCGUUCCUGAAAAGUCAUACAUUUUCCACACGGCUUGGCGUGCAGCCAUCAUGCCGCCGGGUGAGCUUGCGUGCCCCGCACCCCAAGAGCUGGCUGGAAUGCAGGAUGUUCUCGACGCUCUGAAAAGGCACCGCGCCACGGGGCGCUCACUGUACCAGGAUCUGCAGCACUCGAGAAAAGAUGCCACUUUACGCGUUCCACCCGGCGCGCCGCAUUUCUUCUGGACUGGCAGCUUGGAAGUGUCGACGAAGAGGCCGUGA